AUCGGUCGUUACUUUUCUUUGUUUUGCGCGUUCAGUACAUAUCAAGCAGUGAUUGAAUGUGUAUAAUAUCGCAAUUUUAUUGCAUCUUAUAAUUUUUUUCCGAGUUUGUAUUCUGAUAAUUAAUUUUUGUGUAAACAUGUCUUCGAAAAGGCCACAGCAUAAAAAAAUCCUGAAACUCCACGAAAUCAUAGAGGAAUUGGAAAACGCUGACGAUGAUGUACCUAUACCAAGUUCCAUAGUGAUUUUACCACCGGAAAACGCCAAUGCGGAUGUAACGGAUGAAGAUUCGGGUGAAGAAGAUGACGUUACACUACACAAUCUUCCAGGUUCGCAUCUUAGAGCUGAGGCAAAGAGCCAAUACGAUGAACCGUCUUCUGAUGAAGAGGAUCAUAUACCACUAUCUGAGUUUGCCAAACUAAGACGUACUGAAUGUAGUGAUUUCCCGAACACAGAUAGUUCGUCUGUCAUGGACGUAUCGCAAUCACGGUACAAUAUAGUACAACCUACUGUACGAAAGGAUCAAAAAUAUAAUUGGCGAAAUUGGCACACUCCAAGAGAUUAUGAAAGAUGGGGCGACGACCAGGGUCCACGAAAUUUACAACCCCCCAUGUACUAUUUGGAAGUUAUGCUUGAUGAAAGUUUCUUCGAACUACUAGUGCAUUAUACAAAUCUUUACGCGGGUCAAAAGAAUAAAACGGCUGCAAACAAUUCAUACGCGGAAAACCUAUACGGUGGGGAUACAAACUUUGGGUUGGUGCAACCAGACUGGGAUAUGUGUUAUGGUUUGAUCCGUACCAAGGGCACUCAACUACUUUGCCCCUACCAUAUAAGCAGUUUGGGCUGGGAGGAAGUGUGA